AUGAUCUACGUGCGAGGAUCGACGCAAGACUAUGACGACUGGGCGGAGCUGGUAGGGGAUGAUGAAUGGUCCGCGAAGCAUAUGCAGCAGUAUAUGCGAAAGCAUCAGACCCUCGAGCCAAUCGAUCCAUCCAUCACCGAUCGGUCCACAAUGCCACUUGUAGGCGAGUUCCACGGCACGAGCGGGCCCAUUCGCACCAGCUUCAACGAUUCAAUACUGCCGGUGGAGAACGACAUCAUCAAAGCCUGCGAGGAUGUAACCGGCAUCUCAAGCAAGCCCACUGACGCAUGGAGUGGUGACCACAUCGGCUUCUACCACACCCUCGGCGCAGUCGACCGAACCGGCCCGAACAAAGGCAAGCGCAGUUGCUCCGCACGAGGAUACUAUGAAGCCAUCCACACCACUCGGUCAAAUCUCAAAGUCCUCUGCUCGGCCCUCGUCAAUCGCGUAGUACUAGACGGCAACAAAGCCACCGGCGUAAGCUUCUCACACGAUGGAGUCGAGUACCAGGUCUCCACACGGCGUGAAGUAAUCAUCAGCGGUGGGACAUUGCAAAGCCCCCAGAUCCUUGAGCUAUCGGGGAUCGGUGACCCAGAGAUUCUCAAAGCCGCCGGCGUCGAGUGCAAGGCCGCUAACAAAGGGGUCGGUGCGAACGUCCUAGACCACCCCCUCACGUUUUCUGUGAUGGACGUCCAGUCCGGAAUAGUCACACGGGAUACCUUGUAUCAAGUGCCCGAGGCAAUGGAAGCUGCUAGUAAGCAGUAUGCCGAAGCCAAUGGCGGGCCACUUAGCUCUGUCAGCACCAUGCAGGAGCUGGGAGAGAUCAUCCAGAGCAUUCGCGAUAUCAAACCGACAAGCGCAUUCCACACGAAACAACUUGCACAGACUAUUGCACACCUCGAGAGCGACCACUCUGCCAAUAUGAAGGCUCUUACCGUGCCAGCCUCCAUGAAUCCGCAUGCGAUGGAUCAUCAGAGCAAGCUGCUUACACCGCGUUCGGCUGAUCAACCGUCUGGUUUGACCAUGGCGUUUUCUCUGCAGUACCCCAUGUCUAGAGGGACUAUCCAUAUUGGGAGUGCAGAUCCAACAAAACCCCCUAUCAUCAACCCCAAAUACGGCGGCCACCUAGCAGACGUCUCCCUCCUGGCGGCAUUCCUGCGCUGGAGCGAGUACCACAUCAACGGGUCCGUUGCUAUGGGUGAUGCGUUGGACAGCAGAUUGAGGGUGAAGGGCGUGGAGGGACUGCGUGUUGCAGAUGCGUCCGUGUUCCCGAAUAAUGUUUCGGGGAACAUUCUUAGCACUGUGUAUGCUGUUGCGGAGAAGGCGGCGGAUUUGAUUCUCGAGGAUUGGGCUCCCUCCAAACCCUAA